CUGUCUGAUUGGUCAAGUCAAUGUAAUUCUUCAUCGAGUUUCCUAGCGGUGUCAAGUAAUCAGGCGAUCAUUCGUGCCUAUAAAUUGAGGCAUCGGCUUACACUGGACAAUAUUUCGAGUUCACAGCCCAGCGAGCGGUGUGUGACACUGUACACUUUCGGCUACGAAAUGCCCUCUGUAGAUACUAAAUUGCUUGGGCUAGCUACAUAUUUGAUUCUAAUGUCUUCUGGCUCUUUAAGUGAAGAUGGAGACACCUUGGUCAACCGUACAAUAGACUGUAUGAGAGCGAGAAAGCAAUGCAUAAAAGACUUUACGAACUGUGGAAUUUAUUUAUAUCGAGUCUUCGGUGGUAAAAAGCCAUGCAGUAAACAUCUUGGCUAUGAUUUUCAAACUGAGCAAAUAACAGGACCAGCUGAUAAGGUUUGCCCGACGUUUUGCUCUCAAGCGAUUUACAACCUCACUUCCCGACCCGAAGGAAGGCUUCUACAAAGUUGUGAGUGCGUUAACAGGGACUCGAUAUGUUUGACUGUAAAGGCGAGGAUGGCGAAGUGUGUUGACAUGGCUGUGAACGGCCCUCGAAAUGACUCUAAACCAGGUUGCACUGAAAUACGAAAAUUAUGCUCGAAAGAUGAACAAUGCAAUGGUGCACAACAGUAUUUUUUGAGAAAGUGUAGUCGGCUUAUUUCGGGACUCGAAUGCUCUAAAGACUGCAAGAGAGCACAAAAACUUCUACUCUCUUUGCCAUUGGGAAACGGGUUGAACGAGUGCGAGUGCGAUGGCUACGAAGAACCGCAUUGUCGUGGUAUACGAGCGCAUCAACAAGCUCUUUGCUUCGGGACUCGAGUCACUAAAAGUGUGACCCCAAAGAAUAGGCCCACUCAAAACGUACAGCGAGUUAACUCAGGCAAUAGCGAAUCAAGGGAAAAUUUAUCUCGAUUGAGUAUCUACACGGCUCUUGCCAUUGUAUUCCUUGGCGUUAGCAGAUGGGAGCUUUGCUAGAUGUAGUAGCGAUUAUUUAUAAUUGUAGAGGGAUGUCAGUGUUAUUUGAAUUUUUAGCGUUUCCAAAUGAUUCUUAGAGAAUGGAGUUUUUUAAUUUGAACUUUGGACAUGUGUAAUUGAUUGUAUAUUAGAAGCAAAGACGAUUUGUAUCAAAGCACUUGUACAUAGACUUGUCAGGAAACUACAUCAUGGAAUUUAUCUUAAUUAUCAAAAACAAUGAUCUGUAAAUAUAACUGACUUUAUUUGCAUUUUUCGUUUGAUUUGAUAUUAAGACCCGACCUGGAUUAGAACAAAGAAGUUCGAAAGCUUUUUUAAUUACAAUUUGACACAGCGCUGUUCAAGUGUGUUGAUGUCCCGAGAUUUCUAGGCCGGUCUCCGAGGUUAAAGAAACACGGCGAAAAUCUGAUGUCAUUCUCGAGUUCGGUUCCCAAAAUCAUUCUUUUCGCGCGACUUGAAGAGAUUUCACCGCUACAACCAAGGCUCCUAAGACUUUUUCUAAUAAGCCAAACACUUCUUAAUUAACUCGAAGUCAAAUAAUUAUUGCGAGAAUUAGGAUUAGAAUUAGUCUGGGGAAGGAAAGGAGACAAUGUUGAUUCUUAUUUCCGUUCGAAAAUGACUUAGACAUCGGUCCCUUGCAGAGGCAAAAUAAUAGUCUUACCUUGGAUGUGAUGGCUCUAGAUAGGGUACACAACGUGUACUAGCAAAACAUUGUCCCCAAAGUACUGAACUCCUGAAUAAUUGGUUCAAUAAACAACUAUUCUUGCAA